CUUUUCUUUCUGAAGUUAUUAGCCUUCAUUUAUUUUGCUUUUGUUGAAAAGUUAGGAAUGGGAAGCGCAUUAGAUACCUUCUGCGGUCAGUCAUUUGGAGCAAAACAAUAUCAUAUGCUUGGUAUACAUAAGCAAAGAGCCAUGGUUGUGCUUCUAUUGGUUAGCAUUCCUGUUGCUUUUAUUUGGAGCAAUACAGGCUAUAUUCUUGCAUCAUUGGGACAAGAUCCAGAAAUAUCAGCUGAAGCCGGACUUUAUGCUCAUUUUAUGAUACCUAGCAUUUUCGGUUUUACACUUCUACAAUGUCAUAUUAGAUUCUUACAAGCUCAGAACAAUGUAGUUCCCAUGAUGAUUAAAUCGGGGCUUCGAAACAAAGGGGCUGCACUUGCAAAUGCCAUAUUUUAUUGGAUCAAUGUCUUGUUGUUAGCGAUUUAUGUCAGGAUCUCCCCUUCUUGCAAGAAAACUUGGAUAGGUUUUUCAAGGGAAGCAAUGCAUGAUGUUCCAAAGUUUCUGAGACUAGCUAUUCCUUCGGCUGUGAUGAUAUGGUAUCUCCAGGUUCACUUCAACAAUAAAAUUGUUGUUGUGUUAUUCAUGGUCACUAUAGAAGACGUUUUGGUAGCCACAAUCCUGAUCUUAGGGCAUAAAUUUUGGGGCUAUUCUUAUAGUAAUGAAGAAAAAGUAGUGAAAUAUGUUGGAGAAAUUAUGGUGUUGCUUGCAAUAUCCCACUUUUGGGAUGGUAUUCAAUCAGUGCUUUCAGGACAGCAUUUAGCUACAAGGGACUGGCAGAUGGUUCUGGUGUUGAUGGCUGGUGCGAAGAGACACCUUGAGCUGAAGAAGUGUCUCCAGUUGGGAGGUUAUGCAAGCAGUUCCUCCAACUGGGUGGUUAUGCAAGCAGUUGUGGCAGUUGUGGUGAUUGUAGCAGUUGCAUAA